UUCUGUUCUGGAACACACGAGCUCUCGCGAAGAAUACACAUUUGCUGAACUGAAAUAGUCUUCUAAUGUAAAUAGAGUUGUACGUCGCUUUCAAAGCUGUUGGCAAAACGAAAUCUAUUUACAUUUGGUUAUAGUUUCUUCUUCCGCUAGUGGACACGUUGGUGCUUCAGACGAGACGGGCUAUUUAUUCCCCAUUUUAACUUUAGUGAGCGGCGUUUUCAGCCGUUUUUUAUUCCCUCCCCUGACCCUCUCUCGCGCUCCCCCCUCUACGAGACUCGCGGCCUGUAGAGCAGCCACGAGGCGCGUCGGACCACCGGGAAUCAGGCGAUGGCGGAGUUCGGUAACGGACUGGCAGAGGAGUCUCUGCUGGACUCAGACCCGGGUCACUCAGAACUUGAAGACCCAGGCGUCGGCGAUGAAGAACCGGGAUUUGACGAGGGAGAGGCCGCUAUUGAAGAUCCGGAGCUGGAGGCAAUCAAAGCCCGUGUGAGAGAGAUGGAGGAGGAGGCAGAGAAACUGAAGGAGCUACAGAACGAAGUGGAGAAACAGAUGAACCUCAGUCCUCCACCUGCUGGUCCUGUCAUCAUGUCCAUCGAAGAGAAGAUGGAAGCUGAUGGGAGGUCUAUUUACGUUGGAAAUGUGGAUUAUGGUGCGACAGCAGAAGAGCUGGAGGCGCACUUCCAUGGCUGUGGCUCCGUAAACAGAGUCACCAUCUUGUGUGACAAGUUUACUGGACACCCCAAGGGGUUUGCAUAUAUCGAGUUUUCAGACAAGGAGUCUGUCAGGACAGCCAUGGCACUGGAUGAGUCUUUAUUUAGAGGAAGACAGAUUAAGGUUGGUGCCAAGAGAACGAAUCGUCCUGGCAUUAGCACCACAGACCGCGGUUUCCCCCGGGCCCGAUUCCGCUCACGGGGAGGAAACUUCUCAUCCCGGGCACGCUACUACAGUGGCUACACACCACCCAGAGGCAGAGGACGGGCCUUCAGGUUUCAAGACCAGUGGAGGCUGACAACCCCUCCCGUGGCCGCAGCGCCCCCUAAUGUCUCGGUGGCAUCUCUCUCUCUUUCUACUCCCGCUAUGCACACUCACCCCAUCCUCUCUGUGUGGGGGGGUGGGGGACAGGGCGACCACCGGCCCACUGCGGGAGGCAUUUAUUACAAUAACAAGCGCUGAGCUUUAACAACAUGAAUAUACUGAGAUGCACCAGGCCCAUGUUAACACAGACAUACACAUACACAGCACAUACACGCCACACAUCCACCACACAAAUUUAUAUUGUGAAAGGCAGAGCCAUGAUAGAGUAAUUGCCACUUAAAUUGCGAGUGAUUGAGAAAGGCAGGUUGAAUGGGAGAGUUCUUCUAGGGCCUUGUCUUUCUCAGUGCACAGCGCAGUUAGGGCACGAUGGAGCACUAAUGCGUGGGCUAAAGGGUAUUGGUUACAUACGGAGGGAUACAGAGCUUUUAUUUUAGGGGGAGGGAAGGGGAUAUGUGUGGAGAUUUAUUCUCGUUUUUGUUUAUCGUUUUCCCUUUUUCAGAUGGGGGAUGUGGAUAUGGAAGAAAAGAGAAAAGAUGAUUUCCUUUUUUAUUUUAUUUUUAACCCAUGAGUCUGUAAUUAGAAAAAAAAUAAAAGACAUUGUGU